AGCCGAUGUAAUUUGACACUUCAACUUACUGCGCUCUCCGCCAGUCUGUUCGGUUACUGAGCCACUGAUCUCAGGGGCCGAGAGUGGGACGAGAUUUAACCAGCAACCCUUCGCCGAGGACUUUUCUGCGCUUCGCAUCCCGGGAGUGGUGGUGCUGGAUCUGCUGGGUCUCUUACUGUGGUGUGGAUGGGUGGGGGGGUGUUUGGUGUUGAAGAGUCCUGGUUCAACGUCAACUUAGCGCACUCCACUUUAAUGGCGGGCAGGUAGAGACCAGAGGGACAAUCAACAUGAACUCAAUUCCGUCGAUGGACAGACACAUCCAGCAGACCAACGAUCGUCUGCUGUGUAUCAAACAGCACUUACAAAACCCAGCUAAUUUCCACACUGCGGCCACUGAGCUGCUGGAUUGGUGCGGUGACCCCCGAGCCUUCCAGCGCCCCUUCGAGCAAAGUCUGAUGGGAUGUUUAACAGUGGUGAGUCGUGUAGCAGCGCAACAGGGCUACGACUUGGACCUGGGAUACCGGUUGCUGGCCGUGUGUGCUGCCAACAGGGACAAGUUUACACCAAAAUCGGCAGCUCUACUCUCCUCUUGGUGUGAGGAGUUAGGACGUCUCCUGCUGCUCCGCCACCAAAAGAACAGGCAGAACGACACUCCGGGAAAAGUUCCCAUGCAGCCCCCCUUGAACUCCAUGAAGCCUGGAGGUCUCACACAUGGAGAUGGGUCUUUCCCCUAUGACUCCAUUCCUUGGCAGCAAAACACCAAUCAGCCUCCCGGAUCACUAUCCGUGGUGACCACCGUCUGGGGUGUAACCAACACCUCCCAGAGCCAGGUUUUGGGGAACCCCAUGGUCAACAACAAUAAUCCAAUGAAUCCCGUUGGCAAUCCAAUGGGCACUGGAAUGACUGGCAAUAAUCCAGGGAUGAAUUCGCCACAAUUCGCUGGUUCAAAUCAGCAGCAGUUUCCGAGCAAAGGCAACCCAAACCAGGGGUACAUGCAGCAGGGCAUGUAUGGGCGUCCCAACUACCCAGGCAGUGGAGGCUUUGGUGGCAACUAUGCUGGGGGACAGCAUCCAGGUCCAGGUGGGAUGGGUAUACCUGCUCACUCGCGCACUCCUUCUGACUUCACCCAGCCUGCCGCCGCGGCUGCCGCAGCCGCCGUUGCUGCUGCAGCUGCCACAGCCACUGCCACGGCCACAGCAACCGUUGCCGCUCUGCAGGAAACCCAGAACAAGGACAUGAACCAGUACGGGCCGAUGAGUUCGUCCUUCCAGAUGGGACCCAACCAGGCGUACAACAGCCAGUUCAUCAACCAGCCAGGACCCCGUGGACCUCCAUCCCACCCUGGCGGUAUGGGACCUGGCAUGAAUGCUUCCAACAUGAAUGCACCUCCGAUGGGAAUGAACCAACCCAGAAAUCAAAGCAUGGGGCAUUUUGGGCCUCAUGGGCAGCAGAGGAUGCCACAGCAGGUGUACACUGGACCCCGGCCACAGAGCAUUGGCAUGAAGCGACCGCAUAUGGCAGAGCCUCAGCCAAACUACGGUGGGCAACAGUAUGGACCAAACAGUCAGUUUCCCAACCACCAGGGCCAGUAUCCCGCGUCCAACCCUUCGCGGUCUCUUCCGUCCAACAACUACCCCAGUCAGAGGAUACCAGGACAGCAGCAGCUACAGGGCCAGUUUCCACCAGCCAGUGGGCCCAUGGGCCAGUUUUACAAGCAAGAGCCUUCCUUUAAUGGCCAAACCAACAACUUCUCGGGCAGCAGUUACCAGUAUAACCAGACAAACAUGAACGGGCCUCCCAGACCUGUGGGCAACUACCCCCAUUCUCCUGUGCCUGGCAACCCUACGCCCCCAAUGACACCAGGAAACAACAUACCUCCGUACCUGUCGCCGAGCCAGGACAUGAAACCUCCGUUCCCUCCGGACAUAAAACCAAAUAUGUCCACGCUGCCUCCACCACCAGCAAACAAUGAAGAGCUGAGGUUGACGUUUCCAGUCCGCGACGGCGUCGUUCUAGAGCCCUUCCGACUGGAGCACAAUCUGGCUGUCAGCAACCACGUCUUCCACCUACGACCCUCGGUGCACCAAACACUAAUGUGGAGAUCGGACCUCGAGCUGCAGUUCAAGUGUUACCACCACGAAGACCGUCAGAUGAACACUAACUGGCCAGCGUCGGUGCAGGUCAGCGUGAACGCCACUCCGCUCACCAUCGAGCGCGGCGACAACAAGACCUCCCACAAACCGCUGCACUUGAAACAUGUCUGCCAACCCGGGAGGAACACGAUACAGAUCACAGUGACUGCCUGCUGCUGUUCGCACCUCUUUGUCCUGCAGCUGGUCCACAGGCCAUCCGUCCGCUCCGUCCUGCAGGGUUUACUCAAAAAGAGGCUCCUGCCAGCAGAGCACUGCAUCACCAAAGUUAAGCGGAAUUUCAGCAGUGUAGCAGCCUCCUCUGGGAACGCAGGGAUGAACGGUGAAGACGGUGUUGAGCAGACAGCCAUCAAGGUCUCUCUAAAAUGUCCGAUCACGUUCCGACGAAUACAACUCCCGGCGAGAGGCCAUGACUGCAAGCACGUCCAGUGUUUUGAUCUGGAGUCGUACCUACAACUGAACUGUGAGCGAGGGACGUGGCGAUGUCCAGUCUGCAAUAAAACCGCCUUAUUGGAAGGACUGGAGGUGGACCAGUAUAUGUGGGGGAUCCUGAACGCCAUUCAAAACUCUGAGUUCGAGGAGGUGAACAUUGACCCCACAUGUAGCUGGCGGCCGGUGGCCAUCAAGUCAGAAGUUCACAUCAAGGAAGAUCCAGACGGACCGCUGGCCAAGAGGGUCAAAACCAUGAGUCCAAGUCAGAUGGUCCUGCCCAAUGUGAUGGACAUGAUUGCUCAGCUCGGCCCUGGGCCUUCGCCCUACCCAUCGUCCCAGCAGGGGGGCAACAAUAGUGAGUUUAGUAGUCCAGGGAACAACUUCCAAGGUUCAGGCAGCUUUGACUUCCCUCAUGGGACUCCUGGUGGAACAUCUAUGAAUGACUUCAUGCAUGGUCCCCAACUUUCUCACCCGCCAGAUGUGUCUAACAGCUUGAUGAGUUUGGAGAAGCCUCUCUCACACAACAUGCCUGAUAUGAUGCCUCACUCGGCCACCGGUGAGCAGUCACAUGGGCCACUGCAGCAGAACUUGCGUGGGUCUCCGCUCCCUGGAGGCCAACCAGGACACCAGCUCCACCACGGCGGACCCCCUGCACCCUCACGCCAACCUCCACCUUCUUCACAACAACAGCAACCACAACAGCAGCAGCAGCAGCAGCAGCCGUGUAACAGCCACCCUCAAGGUGACCUGACUUUUAACCCCUCCAGUGGUUUGGACAGCCAGGCAGUAUCAGAUAUGCCUGAGCCAUCCUUGGACCUUCUUCCAGAUUUGGUAAACCCAGACGAGCUGCUGUCCUACCUGGACCCCCCGGACCUUCCCAGCAAUAGCAACGAUGACCUUUUAUCACUCUUUGAGAACAACUGAGGCAUUUCAGACGUUGACUUUUGCUGACUGCCGGGUGUUUUCCACUCAGUACUUGACUCUCAAAAAUGCACUCUUCCUCUCGAACAGCCGCCCUCUCUCAGACCAGAAGCGGGUUGGAUGGGUUUUGUCCCCACACUCUUGCACCCGUGGCUUUACCUUUAAAUUGAGCAGCUAUCUUGAUUCUUUUCUACCCCACCCACAGGUAAUGCGGGCAGGUUACAACGACCUUGUAGCAUUUUCAUUGGUGUUCCUUUUGGAAAAGGAUUUACUGUAACAAACUGACUGAACAACCCUGCACUGCGUGCCACUGACCAUCAGGUCCGUCCAGACCCGUCUCGCUGUCUUGUCCAACAGAUCAUGUUAAAGCACAAGAGAUUUCGGAAAUGCAAAAAAAAAGUUUUCAACUGAAGAUAUCAGUUACCUGAUGUUUGCUAAUGUUUUGGUUAGUGGGCCUGGAUGCCUCCAACUCUGAGUGGCAAAGGUGACAGGAGAAUUCAUCUGCGAUGAACUGAUGCAUGAUGCCACCCACAUCAAGCUGUUUUCUACACUCACUGGUGUUUCCUUUACUGAAUGUUUAAUAAUAUGAUGCAAGGAUGUCUUUGUCAUGACAAACAAUUUGUUCGUAAUAUGCAAGUCUAGGGCCCAUUGCCAAACUUUUUGAAUGUCCGAAUCGUAUCAACCUGCCAUCAUCACAUUUUUAUUCGUAUUUCCCCCUUUAAAGUUCAAUUCUCAAGUCAUGGAAAUCCGCGGACUUAGAAGCUGCCAAUGAUUUCAUAACAAUGUUAUGAAUAUUCAAACGACCGUGCUGUUAUGACAGGAUACAGCGAUCGCUCAUGUUGUACACCAAAAACCACUUUCAGGAACUGCUAUGAAACACAGUUGCGACUGGAGGUUUAGGUCAUUUAAGGCAUCAACAAGUUACUUUAUAUCUAUCCUGAGUAUGCAGUCUUUCUGUGACUGCAACAGUCUUCUCCGGAGAAACCAGGCGCUUCCUCUUUCAGUUUCCCCUUGAUGCACUGGUAUUGGUAUUAGAAGGUCCUGUGUGCUGCUACCUGGUGUGUGGAGUUCAAGGCCCAUGGGCCUCUUCCAGACCUCAUCGAAGGCCUGCACUCCUUUCAUGCGAGCCCCAUAAUGCACUGCAACAGUUGAAAAUCUUAAAACUGUCCGUUUAGUUGUAGCCAAAGAAUACAUCAAAUUGAAACUUGACGAUUCAAGUUAAUGUUAAUCCUAUUUAAUGGCUGAAGCCCCAAUUACACCAGAUGGGUUAGGAGUGUUUACGUUCCAUCGGUAGCUCGGUGAAAGCAGCGAGUUGAGUUUGGUUUAAACACAAACCACUCGCCGCCCAUAAAUACUCUCGAGCGGUAUGAUGCUGUAAUACCAAUAUAAGUCAGGAGAAUAGGAGGUUAUAAGCAGAGUUUUUUAAGCUUAAAGUGUCAGACAUUUUAGUCAUUUGAAACUUCUUCUCUUCCUUGGUUGAACGAAAGAUGUUGCUCUUUUGUUGAAGAAGAGCUGAAGGAGGGAUGGUUUUGUUCCUGUGCCUGACCUUCUGUACUUAAUUUAUGCAUUCGUGCUCCUCCUCUUCUUCUUCUUCUUAGGCUCCACCUACUGAAAAAUGGUUGCUUAUCUGCCACUGUGAUGCACUGCUAACACAUCCGGUGUAAAUUGGGCUUCGGGUUCGUAUUUUGCUUUUUAGUUUGAUCCUUCAAAUGAGUCCUUACCGCCACCUUAGUUCUCCUCGUGAUGCCUGACUCAUCAGAUCUUGCAAAAGCAAAAUAUCAUUUUAGAUCUCCUGAAUAAAUUUCAUGGUGUGACAGACUGGGCCUGAACUACCACUACUUCCAAAGAGUUCCCGUCGAGUCAGUGAAGUGUAUGUACGAACCAAGCCGUCCACUCCUUCUCCUUCCUGUAGUCUAUGCACAUUUUUGAUCAUUCCGUCCCACUCAUUUGAGUUUCAGGAACCAAGGGUCGUGUCAUGAAACCAACUCUGGACUCUCAAGAAUGAGAGUCAAACAGCAUCUACCUCCUGAAACAUCUACCAUACUUUUUUUUUUCCACCAGCCAAAAUUUUCUACAGCCCAGAGUCACCUUGGACAAGUUUUUCUCGCUCUUCCGCCAUUUACUGCUUCAGACGUUAGCAGGCUGUCCCCAGGUUUGCUUUGUUGUGUUUGUCGGUUUAAUGUGCUCCCAUCAGUAUUCGGUGUGUCUGUCUGCUCUUGGUGAUGUCAUUUUUCGGAAUCACUUUGUGUCUAACAGUGUGGUUUGUUCACCACCAACAUGGAAGGGAUAAUACUGACCUCAACAAGUGUAUCAUGUACUUCUUUGUGUUGGACUUUGACAUUAUCUGUCCAGCGUAGCUGGCAUGACAUCACGAAGGAACUUGUUUGUGUGUGUGUGUGUGUGUGUGUUUCUGCAUGUUUGUGCUGCACUAUUGGUUUAAGAACAUUUGCAGCAUUUGUUUCUCGACUCACUUUUUACAAGUGCUGUUAAGUAUGCAAAUUAUUUUUGAAGUAACGCUAUUGUACCAUAAAUAUCAUUGUGAAUAUUUUUCUAUCUUUUUUUUUUCUUUUUUGGUCCCCAUUUCUCCAACGUCAUGCUCCUUCUAACCCACAAGCUCUGCCAAGCGUUUGAACCGAAACUGGGAUGAAAAUGAAUGUGUGAUUUUAAUACCUGAGAUUUGUGAAUAUCAUCAUUGUCGAUACACAGUGAUGUUGAAGUAAAUAUCACCAGAGUAUAUAAAUGAAAUCCAUGAUAUUGUUUAUAUUUUGUCAUUAAAUGUUUUUUUAAGAAAAAGAUCAUCUAUAGCUUUUAUCCCAUUUUUUUAGUUGUAAGAUGUUCAACUCCACUUUUAUGCAAAGCAUUGUUUUAUUCAUUUGUUGCUGCCCAAUUUGUCCUAUUGAAGUAUUGAAAUCAUCAAGUUUGUCAAUUUUUUUUCUAAUACACUGCCAUUAUAAAUAUGUAUAUAUACAACACAGUAUAUAUAUAUGCGUUGUGAGACUUCUGCAAGCUUUUUUGUGUUUAUCGAUAUGCCGGAGCACAACCACAAAAGGGCCGUUUCUCUUCAGGUUUUUUCUCAAAUGAUCCAGAGCGUACGUCAACGUUUUCGGCCAAAUCUGGAGUUUGUAUAUAUGUAAACGUUGUAGAAAAGAUUAGAUGUUUUCCCUGGAAAUGUGCAUUGUUUCUUCAGAAGUAUAAUAAAAAAGACCCUGUAAUCCCUCAACUGGAAGUGACUGAAUAUGCAAACUGACAUCAUUCAACAAAUUAUUGUACCAUAAUUUGACACUUUUCUGAGACAAACUGCUUGGUGCUCACAUAAAACCUGAAGAGAAAAAUCACAAAAACAGAGCAGAAGAUUGUAGUUCAGUUUUGCUAUCAGAUAGAAACUGGUAGUAUGUUCAUACGAUGUGGCCAUUGUUUCUCUGUCUGUACAUUGUAUGUACAAUUAUUUCAUAUUCGACUGGUCAAAAAAAUAAGACAACUUGUGACUUUCGUCUUGCUGAACGUACUGUAGUUAGAUGCUGUGUCAUCAUAAUAUUUAUCUAAUAAAUA